AUGUCCAUCACAAAGGUAGCCUGCUUUGCCCACACGCUCAACAUAGCAGCCCAAAAACUGUAUGGUGUACCUGCUAUUGCAAGAUGGGCAGGAAGAAUCUGGGCCAUGGUGCUGUGGCUGAAGAGAAGCGGCUUAGCUAAGCCUGUUCUCAAAGAGAAACAGCGUCUUCUUGGUCUUCCAGAGCAUGGUGUGAUACUGGAUGUAAAGAACCGAUGGAACAGCCUCUUCCUCAUGGUGGAGAGAUUCGUGGAGCAGUUUCCUGCGCUCCAAGCAGCCUCCGUGGAUCCUCGCUUGAAAAGAUCAAUGGAGAGGGACAGGCUGGAGAGGCUGAGUGCUGAUGACUUGGCUAAGGCAGAACAGUUUGUCAGAGUUAUGAGGGUCCUUUAUACCUCCACCAUUUGCAUCUCUGCUGAAAAGAGCUCAACUCUUGGUCAGAUUCUUCCCAUCCUUGGUAAACUACAGCACCACUUCACAGUCACAGCUCAAGACUCUGCAUUUACACAGGCCAUCAAGGAGAAGAUCUGGGGUGACCUUUCUCAGCGAUACCAGGUAGGCAGUUCAAUCAUGCAGGAUUCCGGUGUAGCAGCCCAGCAGAUGGAGCUGACGGCUGAUGAUGACCGUGGUGAAGACUCAUCCUCUGAUGACGACACUAUGGUGAGGAAUCUAGGGCUCUCUGCCCUCGGGGAGCUGUUUGCCGACGAGGACAUGGCAGUGGAAACGCGGCAGGAAACACCACAGACCAUCGCCGAGAAGGUGCAGGAAGAGAUCCAGCGAUACAGGGACCUACCAUCUACUCUGACCUCUGUUAACCCUCCCACCAGAACGUGA